AGGCCGCCCGGAGCCCCGAGCCCGCCGCUGCCGCCGCCGGAGCCACGGCCCUGCCCGCCCGCGCCUGCGCCGCCGCCGCCCGCCCGCUCGCUCGCCCGCCCGCGCCGCCGCCCAGAGCCGGACCCGGAGCCGGGCCCCCCCCCUAGGAGCGCCAGCCGGAGCCGCCGCCAUUCGCCAUGCAGCCUGCUUCUGCGAAGUGGUACGACCGAAGGGACUAUGUCUUUAUUGAAUUUUGCGUUGAAGACAGUAAAGAUGUUAAUGUAAAUUUUGAAAAAUCCAAACUUACAUUCAGUUGUCUUGGAGGAAGUGAUAACUUUAAACAUUUAAAUGAAAUUGACCUUUUUAAUAAUAUUGAUCCAAAUGAAUCAAAGCAUAAAAGAACAGACAGAUCUAUCUUGUGUUGUUUACGAAAAGGAGAAUCUGGUCAGGCAUGGCCAAGGUUAACAAAAGAGAGGGCGAAGCUCAACUGGCUCAGUGUGGACUUCAACAACUGGAAAGACUGGGAAGAUGAUUCAGAUGAAGACAUGUCCAAUUUUGAUCGCUUUUCUGAGAUGAUGAACAACAUGGGCGGAGAUGACGACGUAGACUUGCCAGAAGUAGAUGGGGCAGAUGAUGACUCACCAGACAGCGAUGACGAAAAAAUGCCGGAUCUGGAGUAAGGAAAACUGUCGUCUUCAGGGUUUGGGGAAAGAACUUCAUCACAACAUUUCAUAAUUGAGAUAAGAAUUCCUGAGUUGAUAGCCCUAAAGGGAGAUCCUGCAUCCUUUAACCCAUUUUCAGUCCAUUUUAAAUGGCUUCACUGAUGGUAGGUGUGUACCAUUGCACGGGGCGGUCUUAAGCCACGAGAGGCAAUAACGUUAUGCAUGAACCGUUUUCCAGACUUCCAAAAAAACCCAAUUGAGGUGUAGGCAAUCGAUACAGAACAGUCGCAAUAAAGUUCACGGAGCCUCCUUGCCUCGUAGCAGAUGUAAUUACAAUGGGAGAAUCCUGAAUUUACACCACGUGGUAAAUGAGCAUUUUUCCCCUCCGCGGCCUGAAAUUGUACGUUUGUACCGGGAACAAAACUGGCUGAAACAAGGAUGUUGUGAUUGGCUCACCAAAUUUGGCAGGAGAUGCGCAGUACCUCUGUGGUGUCUUCAGGUCUGUUCCACUAAAGUUUGUAUUGAAAAGGAAACAAAAUUCUCCUCAUUUGGUGUUUAAUCCCGAGUCACGUGCCCCUGGCCCGGCGCAGGUGGCUGGAGCCCGUCCCCCGGUACCGUUUGACCCUAAAGCUUUACAUCUCCUCGUCCGGGGUGCCAGUGGCUGUACGUUGUUGCUUGUCAAUCUGUACGUUUAGACCAAAUCGUAUUUGCACUGUGGGUGUGGGAGCGAGUGACAGACCGUUGGGCGUACGCACGCGGGCGGCUUCUAACCGGGCUGAAAAACCUCAAUUUAUGUUCAGAGCAGCGGGGAUUUUUUUAAUGUCUACAUUCUUUCUAAUAAACUGUUGAAGACUC